AUGACGCCAGUCCAGCAACAGGACUUCUUGCAGCACUUGGAAAGCCAACAGAGGAAAGACUCGCUUGCCAUGUACAACAACCUGGUGUUUCGAUGCUUCGAUGAAUGCUCCAAGAGCUUCCGAAGCAAGAGACUGGAUGACGGCGAGACGAAGUGCAUCAACGUGUGCGCGGAGAAAUUCAUCAAGCUCACGAGUAGGGUAGCGCUACGAUUCCAGGACAUCCAGCAGCAGAAAGCCAAGGACGAGGCUGCGGGGGUACAACGCUGA